AUGCAUGUGGUUACUGAUAAUGCUGCAAAUUAUGUAUCUGCUGGAAAACUCAUUCAUGAAAAGUAUCCAAACAUUUUUUGGUCUCCCUGUGCUGCUUAUUACAUCAAUCUUAUCUUGAAAGACAUAGCAAGUCUUCCUCACAUAGCUGACCUUGCCUCUCAUGCUUCAAAAGUGACUGUGUUUGUUUACAAUCAUAUUAUUUUCUUAUCAUGGCUUAGAAAAAGAAAAGAGUGGAAAGAAAUUGUUCGACCAGGAGUAACACGUUUUGCUACUGUUUUCAUUACUUUGAAAAGUAUAUAUGUUCAUAAAGAAGACUUGCAAUCGUUGGUGGUGGACAAAUAUUUCACUUCUCAUAAAUUAUCCAAGAGUGUCAAUGGGAAGAUAGUUAGUUCAAUUAUCUUGGAUAGUAAGUUUUGGGAGGAUUGUUUUACUACUGUUAUGCUUGUUGGUCCUCUUAUUAAGUUAUUGAGGCUUGUUGAUGCUGAUGAGAAACCUUCUCUAGGUAUCGUGUAUGAGGGCAUGCAAAGAGCCAAAAUUGCUAUCAAGACAAUGUUUAGAAAUAGGAAAUCUUCAUACACACCUUAUACAAGUAUCUUGAAAAUGCGGUGGGAUAGGCAUUUGAAGCGUGACCUAUAUGCAGCAGCAUACUUUUUGAAUCCACAUUUCUUCUAUAGUGAGGGGUUUGUUGAGAAGGCAAAUAUCUUGAGGUCUUUGCUUGAUUUAUUUGAUAUUGAAACUCUUUGCGAUGACUCAGUUGCCGCAAUGCAAGAGAUACAGUUGUAUCGAGAUCGAAAAGGAAGUUUUGGAAGGGAAAGUGCAUUGAAAGCAAUUAAGAGACUUGAACCUGGUGAAUGGUGGAGGCUACACGGUGGGAGUGCUCCUAACUUGCAAAAAAAUGGCAAUUCGUCUUCUUCAUCAAACAUCUUCAUCAUCCGACCAAUGAAUCGCAAGAAGAAGAAUUAUGAUCCAAUUGACAUUCAAAGCAUUGACACAGUAGAUUUUUGGGUAAUGCCGGAUGAAGAUGAUCCUGAAUUUACUAAUGGAGACAUCGAAGGCAUUGAAAAUUUAAUUUAUACGGAUAAUGCUAUGCCUUCAUAUCCUAAAGAUAGAGGAGACGUGGAACUUGAUGUGGAUUUGCCUAAUGUUGCUGAUUCUUCAAAUACAGCUUCUUUUGGUGGUACUUCUGAUGAUGGUGGCUUUGGAUUACCUGUUUAUGAUGGAGAUAUUGGAACACUUAAUGAUAAUUAUGAUUUUUGUUAUAAACUUUGA